AUUCGAAUAUGCAUGUUAUCCAUUUGCAAAGCAACACGUGCUAUAUAUGUUUUCAGUUGCCUUAGAUUAAAGCUCAUUCAGUCGUGAUAAAUACAGAGUAUAUAUACGGGUUUACUAUUUAGCGAGUUUAUCCAAGUGCGAAAUGACGGCGUCACGUGACUCAGUGUCUGCCCCGUGUAUUUGCAUAAGCUAGGAGACGACAGGUCGGAGCUAUCCGACUCGGCCCGACACAAGUUUGCAGAAAGUGAUGAGUGAUGGAUGAUGGCAGAGUGCGGGCAGAUGGAGGGUGGGCCAUGGGUCAGGAGCAGUUUCCCUACCCCGGGGCUGCCUACAACCCCUUAGGGUCUGCUUUGACUCCACCCAACAAGGAUGUAUUGGUCAGCAGUUACAGUUCCCUAGGGAGUGCACAUGGCCCACCAAAUAAGGAUGUGUCGGCUAUACCGGGGAUGUCUUCCUUCAAUGCCAGGAUCCCCGGAGGAAAGGAAGGAUAUCCUGCAUAUGAUGUGGGGCAGGGAUACUUUGGGGCUCAUAGACCAGGGGCUGGACCAGGUGUCCAAGGCUACAGUGUGCCCAGCACAAGUCCUGGACUUCCUGCUGUCCCCAAGCCGCGGGCAGGAAUGAUGCCCCAGGGGUGGGACCAGUUUGGACCAGGAGGAAUUGGUCCAGGUGUAAUGCCAGGAAUGUUUGGACAGCCGGACAGUCAGAACAAUGAGAAGUCCCCCUAUCCUGGGAAGAACUACCAGACUACAUGUAGCAGUGAAGGCACUGGGAAGUUUAUGUUCAACAAAGAUCAUAGGGCAAAUGGCAGUGAUCCCAUCAAGCAGAAAACGGCAGCUACACAUUUUCAGGAAUUUCCAUCAUAUCCGUUCGAAAGAAAUAAAAUAUCACCAAAUAGUGCUCAAGGUCUCGUGAAUUUUCAUGGACAUCAUCAAAUCAAUGGUCAUCUUCCUACAGGAACUGGUUUCCAUGGAAACAUGUUUUCAGACAAGGGUCAAGAAUUGGGGUCAAGGUCUGGUAUUAUGGACCCAAAGAGGGCUAUGACCCCAAAUGGUAUAGAUAAAAAAGUGCAUCCUUAUCCUGUACAGAUGCCUUUCAAAGCAUCCUCAGAAUUUUUACUUAGUACUAAGCAACAUUCAUCAAAUGAACUACCAGAUGGCCUUUACAAAAAAUCACAAAUGAAUUCUCCAAAUAUAGAAAGCCAUAACAACCGGCUCAAUCAUGGAAUGGGAUAUCCUAACCCCUUUUAUCCUGCACCCCCAUAUAUGGAUCCAUUUCUAAUGAAAAAGUAUGACAGUGAUUUUCUUAAUCAUGAAGUAAAAAAUGGAAUGCAUAAGGUUGAAAAUGAUCCUAUCAUGCCCAAACCUAAAAGAAGGAAAGUGAAAUUAGUGGAUGGUGAGAAUGCUGGAUUGGUCCCAAAGAAAAAGAAGUCAAAAGAACCCAGGAAGGAGAAGUUAGCUCCACCACAGUUACCGUCCAUUGAACACUGCCUCGGAGCAGAACUGGGAGUUGGUGAACAGUCUCGCAACACUGAAGGACUCAGUCCAGAGAUUGAUGACCCAGUCAAUUCCAAAACAUCGCCAAAAGAUGUCGACACACUGUUUAACCCUAAGUCUCACGUCAAUGACGGUAACCUGCUGAACUAUCCAGGCCGCUCUGAUAACAUUCCUCAAUACAGUUUAACAGGAGGGAAUCAUGCAUCUCCAUCUGGAAAUUACGAUCCUCUGAAAUUCAUUGAAUCAUUGAGAAAGGAUGAAAGCUCCAAGAAACUAGAUGAUGGUAGAAGUACACCGUGUUGUAACAACUGUGAAAAGCUGGGAAUGAGGUAUUCCCCGUUGUGUAGCAAUAAGUUACGGACUCUGUCUCCUGAGUUUUCCUCAUUGCUAGACGUCCAUGAAAGUAGUGGCGGGGUGAAGAACCAACAGCCUAGUUUGAUGUCCCGUUUGUCGCCCAGUUGUACAGUCACCAGUUGUAGUGUCAGAAGCGUCUCCUCUCUAUCACAGGAUAGUGCAAUAUCAAAGCUUCCGUCACCUUCUGUAUCAGAUUGCAAAAAGACAGAACAAUUGUUUCAAGGUCAAGACCAAAAAAACUUGCAUCUGGACCAAAGAAAUGUUAUAUCGGAUAUAAAAUGUCAGCUUUCAGACCAAAAACUUUUUACAUCUGAUCAAAAAUUACUUUCUCGUACAAUAGGUGUCUCUGAUAAUAUAGAACAAAAUGUUUAUAAGAAGGAAGACCUGGGAUAUAAAGACAGUAAAAUGGAAUUUGGUGGGUUGGACGAAAUGUCAAGGGAGGCAGAAAAGGAGAACUGCUUGGACAGCAGUCACAUGAAUGGUGUUUCUGAUAUGCGGACUAGCUGUGAUGAUAGUGGUACAUCUCCUGCGGAUGGUGUGAAGAUGGAUCACCUGGCCUGGGCAGCUGACCAGGUACAGAAGCUGAAGGACACCGUGCUUGGGACCAACGAGGAGGAUGACUUGAUGGAGCGGCUAAGGAAGAACAUAAAGAUCUCUAUUCCAAAGUGUGGCUGUAAAGGCCCUGACUAUAUUCCCAGUGAGGAGGAAGAGGGGCCCUACUACACACAACUGGGAGCUGCCCGCAGUAUACAGGCUGUCAGAGAAAUGAUGGAGAAACGAACUGGAGUUACUGGUAAAGCUAUCAGGAUAGAGAAGAUCCGCUACACUGGUCGCGAGGGCAAAAGUACACAGGGUUGUCCAAUAGCUAAAUGGAUUAUCCGUCGUUCUAACAAGGAGGAGAAGUAUUUGUGUGUAGUGAGACAGAGGAUGGGCCACUUCUGUGAUUCUGCCUGUAUCGUCAUGGUGAUAGUUGCCUGGGAGGGUAUUCCCUCAGAGAUGGCUGACAAUACUUACAACUACCUCACGUCCUCUCUCACCAAAUAUGGCUUUGAAACGGAGCGUCGAUGUGGCACAAACGACAGAAAGACGUGUGCCUGUCAGGGGAUUAACCUGAGGCGGAGAGGAGCCUCAUUCUCAUUCGGAUGCUCCUGGAGUAUGUACUUCAACGGAUGUAAAUUUGCAAGAAGUCGGGAAGCCAGAAAAUUCAAACUUAAAGACACAUCGCAGGAGGUUGAACUUGAGGAAACAUUACAGAAACUGGCAACUGUUGUAGCGCCAGUGUAUCAACAGGUGGCGCCUAGCGCUUACCACAACCAGAUUCAGUUUGAGAAGAAUGGUGCAGAAUGUCGUCUGGGUAACGAGGAAGGCCGACCAUUCUCAGGGGUGACAGCGUGUGUUGAUUUCUGUGCCCAUUCCCACAAAGAUCUCCACAACAUGAACAAUGGCAGCACAGUGGUUUUGACCUUGACCAAGCAUCGGGGCCUGGAAAAGCCUGAUGAUGAACAACUCCAUGUGCUGCCUCUGUAUGUCAUGGACCUUGAGGAUGAGCACGGGAAUCGUGAAAAACAGCUGGAGAAGAUCAGGAAUGGCUCGCUGGAGUGUUUACAGGUGUACCCUAUGGAAAUGAGGCUUCGUUCUACUCCACUCACUCCUAGUCGUAAAAAGAAAGGAAAGAAGGACAAAAACAGCCCAGGGCCUGGAAGAAAAAGGGGUCCAAAGCCAGCUUUUGGCUCAAACUCAUCCACCCCUCAAGGUCCUGGAAAAGAUCCGCCACUUGGCAACUCUCAGGAAUCAAACCAAUCUCUGUCAGAUAUGUACUUUAAUUCACAGAAUUCCAAGUCUUCAGAUGCAGGAAAUGGAGCAGCACAAAAACCCAACUCUUUUCCAGGGGAGAAGGAUGGGGUCAAAGCACCAGGUCCUAAUCCCAGGGAUCUGCUGGCUGGCAAAAGUUUUAUCUCCUACGAGGACAUGAUGUCCUUGUCAUCUGAGCCAGGCUUUGCCAAUCUGUAUGAAUCUUUUUGGAGCUAUUUUUACUCCUAUGGUACAUUCCCUCCUCCAAGUUUCCUCAACUCAUGGAAUAUCAACAAGGACAAGCUUCCACAGGUUACCAACUCUUCAUCCAUUAAUGCUUCAAAUAACAUUGCUCAAGGUCACUGUGACCUCCAACCCCGACCAGGGCAGCAAAAUGAACUUGAUCUCUCAAAAUCUGGUUCUCAGCAAGGACUGGAGACCACAUUCCGUGGUUUAAAGCAGGAAGGACAUCUCCAUGAUAAUAGAGGUCAAAGGUCAUGUCCGUCAACACCAUUAGCCAAGCAAAGUUCGUCCCCUCUUGAUCUGUUGUCGGAAGCUGUUUCCAUGAGAACAAAACAAUUUGAUGAUGAUCCUCAUAAACAUCCCUCCAUACAACGUCCAAACUCAACAGGCAGCUUUCCAUCGAAUCUACCUCACAAUAAUCAAUACAAGGGGGAUAACUCCACAACACCUCACAGCCAAAGUUUCCAGUCAAUGCCUUAUGCUAACCAACAACAUUCCACUAUGACUGGAGCAGGGCCGAACGUGCCUCCUUCCAACAUGGCUGGAGUGCCAAAUAUGGGUGGAUUUGCCAUGCCAUUUCCAACUCAGGAAAACCCUGAUAGUGCUGUAUUAGACCCGACUGUGGUUAAAUGUGAAAUGGAGUAUAACGAAAAUGCUUUUACUGAUCCCUCAGUAGGUGGUGUAGCUAUCGCACUGUCACAUGGUGCUGUGUUGUUUGAGGUGGCAAAGCGUGAACUUCAUGCCACAACUGGACUUCGUAAUCCAGAUCGCAGUGCUCCAACCAGAAUAAGUCUAGUCUUCUACCAACACAAAAAUCUGAACUUUGCUCACCAUGGUUUUUACGAGUAUGAGCGGAAGAUGGAGACCAUGCGUCAGAAGAGACUUGAAAAGUUAAAGGAAGAAGCUACUGGUAUAUCUGUUGACCUCCCGGAUCUUCCUAUCAAGAACGGUGCAACCACUGUCAACGGAAAGAAGAAGAAGAUGAAGAAGAGUGAGAAAGUGGAUAUAAUGGAGACUUCUGCUGCUCAGUACAAAUACAUGUGGGAGGUGCCCAUUGGAAUGUCGGAGUCACGCACCACUGACUCGGUGAUAACACGGUGGAUUGACCCCCAACCCAUGGUCACUGGACCAUAUCAACGCUGGGUAUAACAUCAUCACCAUCUAGAUAUUUAAUCAAGAUUUAGUAUCUAUUUUGCUGUGGAGAUUUUUAGACUAUUUACACUCUUUGUUGUACCCAUGUUAGGGUUUGAAUAGCAUAUGUACCCAUACACUCUAGCCAAUCAAUGCUAACUCGGGUGUGAUGGUAUGUAUUCGUUUGCUUAUUUUAAAUUAUUGACACUGCUCAAACUGUGAAGAUUAGACAUUUGUUAAAGGAAUAUUUAUGUCAUGUUAGUUUCAAACUCGAUUUAAUUUUAAGAAUGACUAGAUGGGUGCAUGACUCAGAAGUUGUUUACCUCAAAUUCGAAGUUUAAAUUAACGAUAUUUUUAAAAACAAGUAAAUAGUUUUCAUGCAUAGUAAUUAAUAUUUUGGGCAAAAGUGCACAUGAUACUAGAAAAUUAACUAGAUCUUAGAGAGGGGUAGUUAUUUUAAAGAAAUGUGGAGUUGCUGCAGAUCUAUUAACUCAUUUACCCCUGAAGACACAUUUAACUCUUCCAAAUCAAUGGUUGGAAUAGUUCAUUAUGAAGUUUCAGGGGUGAAUGAGAAGAUGUUUUGCAGUAGUCACCAUAGAUUAAUUAGCAAUUUAAGAUUGCUCAACAUGUGAAUAAUAAAAUGGAGUUUUUCCAUUUUAAAAACUUAACAAACAUGUUAUACCUUUGACUACACAAUUUGUAUAGCUUUGCACCCUCAAAAUUUAUUAUUUUGAUGAGAGAAAAACAAAUCAAACAUCAUUGACCAUGUGUCGCCAUUUUUAUAGAGAUCAAGUCAUCCCCUUUACUCAGUGUCCAGGAUUCAGAAUGGAUUCAUACAGUUAUAUACAUAUCAUGUUGCAUAAAUGUAAAGAUUUUGACGAUUAACUGAUAUCAUAAUUACCUGGAACUCCACAUAUUCUCAACACAUUGGGGACUACAGAGCAUCAAUUAUUUGAACCCAACAGAAGACAUAAUAAACGGGUAAGCUGAAGAGUUGUUCAGAUAAAAAAAAUGGUAACCAGUUGUACUGUGUAUUUAUUAAGCGAUUAUUGGGGACAUGGUCAAGGUUUGAAACUUCUUAAUAAUUUUCAAAAUUUGAGGGUACAUGUGUACUUAAAUUUAGGGUUGGUGGGUAUUAAAGAGGGGAUGUGGUUUGAAAAAGUGGAUGUGGAUAACAUAAAUAGGUGUUUGUAUGUGUGUAUCUUCAUUGUAUGCAAUAGAUUUAAUAGUCUCAUAUGAAUAUAUACUUUCAAUCAUGAGGUCUCCAUUAAGAUGUAACUAUAUAUAUAUAUAUAUAUAUAUAGUAUAUUAUAGUAUAUCGGAAAUCAGAAAUUAAACAUUUCUUUCCAUUUAUAGUAUUUUCUAAUCUGUUUUUUUUUUCUCCGUUUCAAAAUUUAUCUUUUAUAAGUAUCUGAGAAAACAUUCCUAUGGAAAAAAAGUGCUAAGCAUUACCAUUGGGAUGACCUUUGAUACAGAAUAAUGAUAAAGUACCUUUCUAGUGCUGCGGCCAUUGUCUACAAUCUGGCAAUGUUACAUACAACACUCAGUGUACAGCAACGGUGUUAAUUUUUAUCUGGUUUAUUAUACGAGUGAUGGGUAUUACUGUUGUACCCUAAUGUACUGUACUGUUUUCAGUAUAUUAGUACUGUUUUCAGUAUAGUAGUACUGUUUUCAGUAUAGUAGUACUGUUUUCAGUAUAGUAGUACUGUUUUCAGUAUAGUAGUACUGUUUUCAGUAUAUUAAGAUGUUAGCCUUUCAGUUUACAUUGUUGUUUUAAGCAUAUUUUUAGAAAAAUGUUCACAAGCGGUUUUUAACCAUUUAUUGAAGAGAUGUUCAAGGGAUUUAACUAUAUAGUGCAAAAAAAUAUGUCUAAUUUAAAAUUUAAAAUUGGAAUUUUUUAUUUUCUGUGUUUUAAUUUCAUGUAAGUAAAUUUGUAAAAUUUAACUGAUUUUAAAGUUGUUUAAAAAAAAAUCAGUCACUAGUAAAUGUUUCUAUGAGGAGUUAAUAUUUUAGCCCCUUAAUCUUCCUUGUUAUACAGAUUUUUAAAGGCAGCACAAUUUUAAAUAUUUUAUAACAAACGAUCAAACUUAACCAUUGAUGAAACACUUAAGAUCAACUUACAUGUGUAUUUGGUUUCUCGUUAGGAAAGAUAUUUCCUUCAUUGAAUGUGUUGUUUCCUGUAUUCUGGGUUUAGCCUUUGGCCUACAAGUGUUGGUUAUGUGCUCCCAUACCUGAAUCAGGUUAAUUACAGGGAAUGUCUGUCUGAAAAUGAUACGGUUUAAAAAUAUUUUUUCUUUAUCUAAAAAUUUUAAGGAUCCCUGUCCCACUGAAUAGUGGUUUUUCCUAUAUAAAGUAACCUCCCCUUAACUUCUGUUUGGAUAUAUCUGUAACACAGUUGGGCCGGGAGAGUUCCUUUGACCAGGUAGCUCAAUUGGUUAGAGCAAUGGUAUUACAAUGUGAAGCUCUGGGUUCAGAUCUCGGUCUACCCCCCCCCCGCCCCCCCCCCCCC